GUCUUGCGCAAUUCUGUGAACGAAAAAAACGCAAGCAGCAAUCGACAACAACAGCAGUGCACACACUUCGCUGACACACAACGGCUAACCAGCAGCCAGCCUGUGCUCUUGUGUGCACUUCUUCCUUCAUCUCUUCUUGCUUGCUUGCUUUGCUUCGCUUCGCUCCCUUGCUGACGUGCGUGCGUGUUCUCUGCCGCCAACCACAAGAGCCAGAUCCCACUCCUCCCAACGCCAACAACAACGAUGGCUGCCCUUCGCCUUGCUGUCACUGCGGCGCUUCGUCCGCUGCGCGCUGGCGCUCUCAACACUGCUGCCAGAAGCGUGCUCCCCGCAGCCACCAACCUCGCCGCUCGCGCCAACCUCCUGCACACCUCCUCCCUCUCCCUCGAUCGCUACUUCACGGAGAGCCACGAGUGGGUCGAUAUCCAGGACGGCACAGCCACCAUCGGCAUCACAAACUACGCCCAGGAAGCGCUCGGUGACAUUGUCUAUGUCGAUCUCCCUGAGGUGGACACGGAGCUGGCUGCAGAAGAGGAGUUUGGUUCGAUUGAGAGCGUGAAGGCGGCGAGCGAGUUGUACGCUCCUGUGGAUGGCGUCGUGACAGAUGUCAACAAUGAACUGUCCGACAACCCUGGUCUCGUCAACGAGUCUGCAGAGGACAACGGCUGGAUCAUCAAGCUGAAGGUUGCGUCCCCAGACCAGCUGGAUGCACUCAUGUCUGCCGAGCAGUAUGGCGAGUUCAUCAAGGCUGCCCUCAAGUAGACGUGGAACUGCCCCUCGCCUCCCUCUCUCUCCCUCUCUGUCUCUGCUUUCAAAGCGUGCCUGCUUGCGCUUGCGUGCCUGCUUCCGGCAGCCUUCUCUAAGAGUGUGCGCACAUGCACACGCACCUUCGCUUUCUCUCUUUGGGAUUUCAGCCACGUGCGCAUCCGGGUGUCUGCGUAUCUGUGUAUCUGUGUAUCCGUGUGCGUAUGUGUUUUGUUGCACUUGUAGUGAUGCUGCUUACUGCAUGCAUGUCCUCAAACGCAGUAAAACCACUGUUUGCAACCCCCCUCCCCCCAUCGUCGCCACCGCGC